UGUCUUGCAACCUUGUAAUGAGAAACAUGAAAAUAAACGAAAGUCAGAAGUACUGUGUGUGAUGAUCGGUUGGUCGUUCCGGUUCACAUGUCGCGGUUUUUCGUACACUUGUCAACGUAGUAGUUUCUUAAGAAGAUCGUGGCUAAUUGCUCAAAAGGUUUCAUACCAUUCGAGGCUUUCGAUCAUGAGCGAUCAGCCGAAGAGUAUAUGCCUUGUUGGCUCGGGCAACUGGGGUUCUGCCAUAGCCAAAGUCGCUGGAGAGAAUGUUGCACAAAAACCGGAAAAAUUCAAGCCUCCUGUGACAAUGUAUGUUUAUGAAGAGGUGGUUGAUGAUCGCAAGUUGUCCGAAAUCAUAAAUACAGAUCAUGAGAAUCCAAAGUAUAUGCCUGGCAUAAAAUUGCCAGAUAAUGUGGUUGCGAUUCCAGAUCUGGUAGAAGCAGCUAAAGAGGCAGAUAUAUUAAUCUUUGUGCUGCCACACAAUUUUAUUCGGGGUAUUUGCCAGUCUCUGAAAGGCAAAAUUAAGAAUGAUGCUAUAGGCAUCUCCUUAAUCAAGGGACUCGAUUCAGCAAUUGAAGGCAUUUCAUUGAUAUCCAAAGUGAUUGAAGAUGAGCUUUCCAUUCCAUGCCAUGUUCUAAUGGGAGCAAACCUCGCAGGGGAAGUCGCUCAGGAAAUGUUCGUAGAAGCAACCAUAGGUUGCAAAGUACCAGAACAUGGUCCAAUUCUCAAAGAUGUUUUCCAUUGCAGAUACUUUAAGAUAAAUACUGUCACAGAUUCAGCCACUGUCGAGCUUUGUGGGGCAUUAAAGAAUGCUGUUGCAAUUGGGGCUGGAAUGGUUGACGCUUUAGACUGUGGGGCGAAUACCAAAGCAGCAGUUAUUCGACUUGGAAUGGUCGAAAUACUGUCAUUUGUUGAGAAAUUUUAUGGCGAUGUGAAAAAAGAAACGUUCUUCGAGUCUUGUGGUGUUGCCGAUCUUAUUGCCACGUGCUACGGGGGUCGAAACAGAAAAUGUGCAGAACUCUUUGUAAGAACCGGAAAGAGUUUUGAAGUUAUUGAGAAGGAAAUCUUAAAUGGUCAGAAACUUCAAGGACCCCACACACUACACGAACUAUAUAGAAUAAUAAAAGAUAACGGGUGGACAGAAAGCUUUCCGUUAUUUACAGCAAUAUCUAAAGUUGUAUACGAGGGCUACCCGCCGCCAUCACUAAUUGAAAUGCUAAAGGAUCAUUUUUAAUGUCUGCUGCGGCAGAAUAAUCUAGUUGUAACCAUGUUUUACAAUGAAUAUGUUAAAAAUAUUUUUCUAUUUAAUGUUAUAAAACCGAGCAAUCAGAUGCUCUUAGAGCAUUUAUCAUUAUUAACCACGUUUUGCCUGUUAUGUACCGAUGCAUGUUUUAAAUCCGAACAAAUAAAAUCGGACUCUUAAACUUUUUCGAAAAAGAUACAUAGCAUCAAAUUGGAUGAAUUGACGAAACAAGAAUAUACUUAGAGGGGUAGUGGAGUUCAAGAAAGUACAGUAGGAGUGCCAAAGAGAUAAAAUAAAGCUUUAAAUUUAAAAGGUUUCAGCAAAAAGGAUAUUGCAAUAUUGAGCCAUUUAGAUCCUCUGACCUCCAGCAAGUUUUUAGUAAGUGUCCGUUCUUGCUGUUUUGGAGAGGGGUGGAAACAGUGUUCCGCUAGAAAACGUACUUUUGCCAAACUCGCCCCUAGA